UGAUAACUAAUUGCAAGUGGAAGACUCGACCGCAGCAGCAGCAGCAGCGAAGAGCGACUUAUUGUAAUUGACUUUUAUCAAGACAGAAGAGCAGUGAGCCAGGGAGUGAUAAUCGCCUGUAGGAAUACACCAGUUGGCAGCUGGAUUACAGCAAGCGGAAGACUUGGCAAUAGUAGGAGCAACAGCAGCAGCGACUAAUCUUCAUUGACUUUUAUCAAGACAGAAGAUGCCUGCAGCUAAGGGAACAGCCAUUGGCAUUGACCUGGGCACCACAUACUCCUGUGUGGGGGUCUUCCAACAUGGCAAGGUGGAGAUCAUCACCAAUGACCAGGGCAAUCGCACCACCCCCAGCUAUGUGGCCUUCAACAACACUGAGAGACUCAUUGGAGAUGCAGCCAAGAACCAGGUGGCUCUGAACCCACCCAACACCGUCUUUGAUGCCAAGAGGCUCAUCGGGAGGAAGUUUGAUGACCCAGUGGUCCAGUCUGAUAUGAAGCACUGGCCCUUCCAGGUGGUGAAUGAUGUGGGAAAGCCCAAGGUAAAAGUUGAGUACAAGGGUGAGGAUAAAACAUUCUACCCUGAGGAAAUCUCUUCCAUGGUACUGACCAAGAUGAAGGAGACGGCUGAAGCUUACCUGGGACACACCGUCACCAAUGCUGUUAUCACGGUGCCGGCUUACUUCAAUGACUCCCAGCGGCAGGCAACCAAAGAUGCCGGUGUGAUCGCUGGUCUCAAUGUCCUCCGUGCCAUCAAUGAACCAACAGCAGCUGCCAUUGCCUACGGCCUAGACAAGAAGGGCAGAGGAGAUCAUAAUGUUCUCAUCUUUGACUUGGGAGGUGGAACCUUUGAUGUGUCUGUUCUCUCCAUUGAUGAUGGUAUCUUUGAAGUGAAAUCGACAGCGGGUGACACCCACUUGGGAGGAGAGGACUUUGACAAUCGCAUGGUCAAUCACUUCAUUGAGGAGUUCAAGCGUAAAUACAAGAAGGACAUCAGUCAAAACAAGAGGGCAGUCAGGAGACUGAGGACAGCCUGUGAGAGAGCAAAGAGAACCCUAUCUUCCAGCACCCAAGCCAGUAUUGAGAUUGACUCUCUGUUUGAAGGCAUAGACUUUUACACCUCCAUCACCAGGGCUCGGUUUGAGGAGCUAAAUUCUGACCUGUUCAGAGGCACUCUGGAGCCAGUGGAGAAAGCUCUGAGAGACGCCAAGCUGGACAAAUCGCAGAUCCACGAUGUUGUCUUGGUCGGGGGCUCUACCCGCAUCCCCAAGAUCCAGAAACUGCUGCAAGAUUUCUUCAAUGGCAAGGAGCUGAACAAGAGCAUCAAUCCUGAUGAAGCUGUGGCCUAUGGAGCGGCUGUUCAAGCGGCUAUUCUAAUGGGGGAUAAGUCGGAGAAUGUUCAGGAUUUACUUCUCCUGGAUGUCGCUGCCCUGUCUCUGGGUCUGGAGACAGCAGGAGGGGUGAUGACUGCACUCAUCAAGCGUAACACCACCAUUCCCACCAAGCAGACUCAGAUCUUCAGCACCUACUCUGAUAACCAGCCUGGUGUCCUUAUUCAGGUGUAUGAAGGAGAGAGAGCCAUGACCAAGGACAACAAUCUGCUGGGCAAAUUUGAGUUGAGUGGCAUCGCUCCUGCCCCUCGUGGGGUGCCACAGAUCGAGGUCACCUUCGAUAUUGAUGCCAACGGCAUCCUCAAUGUUUCUGCUGUUGACAAGAGCACAGGCAAAACAAACAAGAUCACCAUCAGCAAUGACAAGGGAAGGCUGAGUAAGGAGGAAAUUGAGAGGAUGGUACAGGAUGCAGAAAAGUACAAAACUGAGGAUGAAGUCCAGCGGCAGAGAAUCACAGCCAAGAACUCCCUGGAGUCCUACACCUUCAACAUGAAGAGCGCAGUGGAGGAUGAGAACGUGAGAAAUAAGAUCAGUGAGGCAGAUAAGAGGAAAAUCAUUGACCAGUGUAACCAGGCAAUAUUGUGGUUGGAGAAUAAUCAGAUGGCAGAGAAGGAGGAGUUUGAGUACCAACUGAGUGAGCUGGAAAAACUCUGUAAACCCAUCAUUGCCAACCUGUACCAAGGAGGAGCAGCUGCAGCUGGAGGAUCUUGCAGAGCCCAGGCUGGAAAUGCCACAUCAUCGGGACCAACUGUGGAGGAGGUCGAUUAAAAGACUAGAAAGAAUUAGGAUACACAUGGGAAUCUGACACAUCAAAUUGUUGGACUCUUCCUCAUUGAGCAUGAAGAUGUGUUGUAUUUCUGACUGACAGUGGAGGAUUUUACUGGACUAGAUGCUGCCAGGUCUACACUGACUGUAAUAGAAGAUGUGAUGACAGUGCUGCUCUGUAAACUCUCUUCAGCCUGUGGCUUAACUGAUUGUUUUGAUAAAUUAACUUGUUGAAUCCUAUUGAAGAGGAUCAGUGUAGUCGGCAUCUUGUUGUACUUGUUUUCUAUGGAACUGUCCUCGAUGUAAAGGUUGAACUUUAUUUAUACUUGUUCACAGCUGGACUGAAUUUUUUUUUAAAUCUAAUAAAUGUUUUAUUAACUGAA